GGUCCAGUUUUUUUUGAGAUCAGUGGUUCGUGUGGUUAAAUAUUAGUAAUUUGAAUUUUGAAAUUUGGUCAGAUUUGGUAUUGAUUUGAGUGAUUUGAGUAAUUGGGUUGAGUUAGUUUGUCUUGUGCUUUUUUUUUGAUGAAACUGGACAUUUACAAAGAAAUUGUAUUCCUUAUUCAUUCAUGCUGGUCUAAAGAGUGUUUUAAAACUGUUUUAGACAGGUUUCCAACAGUGACAAAUGAUACACUUCUUAGCAUUUAUUCUCAGGAACAUCAGAAAAAGAUUAGGAAGAGUCAUCACAAACAUCGUCAUCCAGAUGUCAUUAAAGAAUAUUACCAAAGUUAUUUGAAAAUGACAAAAUCUUGUGAAGAUGAGAAGAUUUUGAUAAAGAUUUCACAAGAUAUUGAUCUCUCCCCUUGCAUUCUUGCGAGAAUCAUCCUGGAAGAAUACUUGUCUUGCACUUAUAUUGAAGGAGAAACUGUUCCAAAAGAAGUUCCCAGUCUUAUGAUGAAAGAUCCCACUCUUGUGCCUUGUCAAAAACUUUCUCGAGAAAUUCAACAUUGCAUAUCGAUGGAUGAACACAGCGGCCCUGUUGUAGAUGCAAUGAGAAGAUCCAUUGGUUUACAGUAUGAAAAAGUUCUAGAGGAGAAAUUAACGGAAAAGAAGAUACCAUUUCUCGGGGAAAGCCACAUGAGAGCUUAUGGUUAUGACAAGACUCCUGAUUUCAAGCUACAAGUACCAAUUGCUGUUGAUGGGCAUGUUGUUAACUGGAUUGAGUCUAAAGCUUCGUUUGGUGAUGAGUAUAAUCACAAGAUAAACAUGAGGGAUCAGUUAUGGAGUUAUUGGAACAGGUUUGGACCUGGUAUGGUUAUUUACUGGUUUGGAUACAUUGAUGAAUUAGAUUGCCAUAAAGACAAAGGAAUCCUUCUUGCUGAUUGCUUUCCAUCUUCCAUAGUGACAUUAACUAGUCUUGUUUGGGAGGACGAUGUUUGAUGGUUUUGAAAUACAAUCUAGGUAAAAUGUACAUUAUUUAUUUAAGUUUAUAAAAUCUAAUGAUGUUUGGUUUGUUUGAAUACACCUCUGACUCUUUGAAGGAAUUUACAAUGUUUAAGUGAUGGAAUGUCCAGCUAAUCAAGCACGUUAGACUUAUGAACUUUAAACCUAUAAAAAAUUCCACGUAAUGUGAUCAAUGGUUUCUUAAGCACCAUAUUUAUUGCUGAAGAUCAAAGGUAGUGCUAUUAUGUUUAUUAUUUAAUGAUAAUCUAGCCUCGUACUCAGGCGCUUUGAUGCUUUGAA